AUGCCUCUCCUUGCGCGGCUGACUGGGUCUGACCCAGCUGAGCAACCUGCUCCCGCGGCCCCAGAAGGGGGAGCCCCCGGUGGGGGCCCCCCCGGGGGUCCCCCUGGGCCAUCCCCCAAUCUGAGCAGUAACCGUCGGCUGCAGCAGACGCAGGCCCAAGUGGAGGAGGUGGUUGAUAUAAUUCGUGUAAACGUAGACAAGGUGCUGGAACGAGACCAGAAACUGGCGGAGCUAGAUGACCGGGCAGAUGCACUUCAGGCUGGUGCCUCACAAUUUGAAAGUAGCGCAGCAAAACUCAAAAGGAAGUACUGGUGGAAGAACUGCAAGAUGAUGAUCAUGAUGGGAGUGAUUUGUGCCAUUGUGGUGGUGGUGAUUGCUAAAAACAAUUCUCCAUUAGUAUUGGGACAUGUGUUUGUGAUCCAAGUGACCGCCAAGAGUAGGAUGCUGUUCACAGCUUAUCUUGGAGCAUGACUGGAAUAAAGGUAAGUGCCCCCUUGUUUUGCUUGACGGUACAUUUGAAACUCAUUAAAAAGAAGUGAUGGAGCUUUGUGCAGACAUUUUACAAUGAGGUACUUAUGCCCCUAUCUCUGCCCCUGCUGUUACAAACUUCAGGUUUUAAAACUGUACUCGCUCUGGCUUGUAGUUCCCUUAUGACAAAUCUUCGUCCAGUCUUAAACAUCACCAGAAUCAUACCAGAACAAUGUGUGGUCAAGGGUGAAUCUGGAGCAGUGCAGCUAGGCUAAUUCUUUCAAAGAUGAAAGCCUUCCUAGGAAAGGAGGGUGUCUGGACCGGCUGGUGGAUUAAAGCAGCAUGUACAGUAAACUUCAGCACAGAUCAGGCCUGCACAACCUGAAUUAACUAGUCAUGCUACAAUCCCUGCCAAGUUGUGUGUUCUCUUCCUGUUAAUUCUCAUCCUUGUUUGUGUAGGGGGGUAGAAAAAACUUUUUCUUAGAACAGAUGUGUUUCCAGACUGUAUCUGAGUUCCUAUCCAAACCUAGGGACUUGAGAGCUCGUUCUCCAAAGCUGGCCAGCUGCUCUGGAGCAUAGAGCUUGGGCUUAAUGUGCUUCUGAAAGCUGCCCUGGGGUUAUGCCCAACUCAUGAGUCCUGUUGUGCAAGUUUGCAGAAAGUUGCGUGUCUAACCAUAAAUCCUCUGGUAGGUAUUUAAAGUACCAUGCCCUGCUGGGAACUCACUUUUUGAGGUGCCGUCCAUUAAAGCAGCAGCAGCACCUCUGCUGCUCCUGCCGAGUCUGUUAUCCUGGACAAAACAUUUUUUAAAUGUGCAUUAAAAGCAAGGCCAAGACUUUGGCAGAGUAGUUCUUAUGCCUAAUUAGAAAUUUGAGCUCUGCCUUUAAAUACACAGCUCCCAUAUCAACUUCUUCAUCCUGACACCUUCAGAUUUGGUGGGGGAAAAGCCUCAACUAUACUGCUCUUCAAUGAAUGUCUUAAACCUUGGUGUUUCUAGAUGGCCUUGCUCCGGCCUUUCAUGAGGUUUCUGUGCACUGAUCAAAGUAGGCUGCAUGCUCUCAUUGGCGGUGGUGGGUGUCUUCUUGCCUCAGCUGGAAAGUAACCGAGCGAUGGUGGGGAAGGCAAAAGAUUUCUUCAGAGUAGGAGUGCAGCAUCAGCACUUGUUUAACAGACCUGGCUUCCCUGUGAAGCGCCAGAUGUAUCCGCUGGGGUUGGAAGCCUUAACUUGGUGAAGAGAGGCAAUAACGGGGAAGUAAAGGGCUUUUAUCUUUGUUCUGACUUCUAAGCAAGUAAUUACUCUGCGAGAUGUGUAACCGAUAAGGAUGUAGGUUUUACAAAAUAGGCACCUCAGCUGUGCCUGUUGGGCUGAACUCAUGUAUCCAGUGUUUCUUCCUGGUUACCUACAAUGCUUCCUCUUGGAAGAAGUAAGUGGGUUCCUUCACAACACUUACCCUGUUUACAGGCCAAAAUAAAGUUGCACUUCAGCCCUUUGAUAAUCUUUGACCGAUUUUUAUUUUUUGCCAGAGAUAGUUAUUCAGAACACCCUUAUUUGCUCCCUGGGUUUCCAAUACGAACAGUCUCAUAAUAUUCAUCCUUUCAGUGCACAGACCCACUACGUGAUUCUUGCAGAGGCCAAAAUGACUCACUCUCUUUUCACGUUCUCUCCUGCCAGACUUCUUUUCCAAAAGUCCUUGUACUAUUUUUUUUAUAAAUUUGCCAUAAUCUCCAGAUACUAAGCUUUUUUUAGUUCAUUGCCUUUAAGUGUAUACUUGGAAGCUGAAGGCGCUUUCCUCUCUUGUGCUCACAAGACCCCCUUAAAUACUGCACAUUGGUAAGUAUAAAGAACUGCAAGACUGAACACAGCCAUCCCUCUGGUGUAUUCCUGAUCUGUGUGGUUCCCCUCUGUCCUUUCACCAACAGCACUGCUGCCCUUUUCAUUUCUUGAUGUAGCACAUCUGCACCCCUUAGAUUUUAUUGAACCUGUCUCAAGAGCCUGGUAACCCUUUCCUCAAGUUCCUUCUAGGUUUGACCUCAACCUGUGCAGACAAACCUUGCACCUAUCUGUCCAGCUUCUCUAAGUGCUCCAGUGAGCAGAGUUUAGUUCUUCUAAAUGUAUUGCUUAUUUUCUGAAGUGGUGGUUUUCUCAUUUUCUAGCUUCUCUAGACAUGUAUGUUGUACUUCCAUGCGUGUCCUGUAUUACCUUAAUUCUUACAGAAAAAAAAAUAUAGUUUUGGUGUCUGUCUAAUUGUGACUGUCACACUUCUAAGGAAUGAGUUUUCAGCAGAUAGCAGGGUAUGCCUGCCUGUGGCUCUCCAUCGUUGUGUUCCUGGCUUUCUCAAUCAUCCUGUGCUUAGUUUUUGUUCUUCUUGGAGGGGCUGGCCCAUUCUUCCCUUUCUUCCAGUACUUGUUUCUAUUUCCCCAGUCCUGCUACACUCCAGCCUUUCUCAGGGGUUCUUGGAUCCUCCAAAUUCAUCUGAUCUCACAGUUGACCUCAGAAAUGUCAGCAUCCCUAAAUUUCCCAGACUGUCUGCAUCCCUUUUCUCUGCUAAUACACGAUGUCCAAAUGUUCUUAGCCCCCAUCAACUGUCUGCCACCACAGUGUUCCCACAGACACCGCAUCUCUUUAUACCCUUCUGUUCUACAUCCCAAAAGAGCUCACUUCUCUUUCCUUGCAUUUCAGCAGCACCAAACACUUCCACAAAUCCUCUGCUAUUGUUUUUAAGCUCCUAGACACUUAUCCCUCUUCUUCCUCUGUAACUUCUCUGUCGAAUAAACCUUCCUUUUUCUCAUCCUCAUUCUUCCCCUUAAGCACGUGGAACUACCCACUUCUGUGCUGCUUGCUGCUGCCAAAAAACCCACUCUAAUUCUCCAACUUAGCCACAAAAUAGUCUUUCUUCUCCUGUGCUUCCUUUCCCCCUCCAAGCACUUGUAAUCCUAUUUAUUUGCCACCCCCGCCAUAAGACAGAUGCUCUGAGUCCAAAGACACAACUUGUUCUGAGCAUUUACAUCCACUCAAUUUUCUCUUUCUGUACCAAUUCACCUCAGCUCAGACCUCUAAUUUGCCUUUUGCUGACGGACAAAUCCCUUUAAAUGUACACUUGCUCCCCUUUUCUGUAGUAUUUUACAUUCUUGGUGGAAGACUCCAUUUUCUGCACUCUCACUCCAGCACCACUGGACUCGCCUCUUGUUUUCAGCCAGACUGAGCUCACUAUGCAUCUUUUGAGCUGGUAAUUCAUGGUCUGGCCAGCCUACAAGAAAUGUAGGGAUGUUCCUGGGAGGAUCACCUGAUUUCUCCCAACAUGGCAAUUUUUGCACUGAUUCUUGGGACAGGGAGGACUAAUCUAUUUACCAACUUGUCUAACAGCUUCACGUGUGUACAGGCUUUUAACUCUGGGUUUACAGCUACCCAGAAUGGGGCCCGAGUUAAUCAGUCAAAGCCCAUUUUUUUGCAUUUUAACACUUUUACAGAAGAGAGAGAUAAUAUGGUGCAAGCUUCCCCUAGGGAAUACAUCAUCUUCUACAGCUAUAUUUCUUUAUGAUGUUGAAGAGAAUUUAAUUUUUCAAGUAGUUAUGCCUCUGAUUAAUCUUCCUUAAUUAUCCACUUAACUAUGCAUGAUGCAGUGGGCCACAUCAAUUUUAUGGUUAUCACAAGGUACUGUGUGAUGUGAGGAAUCGUGCCUUACUCUUUGGAUAUUCUGGAAAGAUCAUGCUCAACAUAUAAAUCAUUGCAUGUUUAUGAUAUACAGAGACUGUUCUAGAUGUUGUA